UCACCCCGUUUACCAUAAACCUUGCCUUGCUCCUCACUCCCGGUGCUGGAUCCAGAUUUCCUCCAAACCCAACAAAACCCAGAAGUCCAAUUCAUUGAAUUUCAUUUCAGUUCUUUUCCUUUUUCCUUUUUUUUUUUUCUAAUCACCGGCGUUGAAUUUCAAUCGUCACCAUUGACUCUGCCCCUCUGUUCCUCUUCUUUCAUCAUGAGUUCUCCGGGAACAAGCAUGUUCACUGGGUUUACUAAGCUAUGCAAAGGAUUGGCUGUGGUUCUUGUAGCGGGUCACAUUGCGGUUCAAGUUCUUCCUGUUGCUGUUACAUACCUUGCGCUUAUUCCUGCUAGGACAAUUCCUUUUGCUUGGAAUCUUAUUACCGCUGGUUACAUUGAACAGUCAGUCUAUGGGGUAGUUGCCAGCACUGUCGGUCUCCUUUUCAUGGGAAAGUUGCUUGAACCUAUUUGGGGUUCUAAGGAGUUCCUGAAAUUCGUCUUUGUUGUCAACUUUCUUACUUCCUUAUGUGUUUUUGUCACUGCUAUUGCCUUGUACUAUAUAACAAGGCAGGAAAAUUACCUUUAUAUGCCUCUUUCAGGCUUCCAUGGCGUCCUCGCUGGGCUCUUAGUCGGUAUCAAGCAAAUAAUACCUGACCAAGAGCUGUCUAUAUUGAGACUAAAAGCGAAGUGGCUGCCUUCUAUUAUGCUUGCUGUCUCCAUUGUUGUAAGCUUCUUUACAGCAGAGUCAGCAACAUAUCUUCCAACCUUAAUAUUCGGUACAUAUAUGGGCUGGAUUUUCCUCAGAUAUCUACAAAGGAAUCCAGAAACAAAACUUAGGGGUGAUCCAAGUGAUGAUUUUGCAUUCUCAUCGUUCUUUCCUGAGUUUCUUCGACCUGUUAUUGAUCCCAUUGCAUCAAUAUUUCAUCGGUUGCUUUGUGGAAGAUCUGAAGCUUCAAAAGAAGCCCAGGGUUAUACUUUGGGAGGUGCUCCAUUGCCUGGUUCUGACCCUAUUGAGGCUUCUAGGAGGAGAGAAAGAGGGGCUAGAGCGCUGGAGGAAAGAUUGGCGGCCACACAGAGCUCAGAUGAGUCACAAAAAGAUGCCUCUGAGAAUGUCUGAGAGGCCGGACAUAAAUCCUUUUUUUCUGGAUUUCAGGUGGACAGUUUUGUCAUACUUUUGCCUUGAAUUAUAGCUCCAUAGAUACCAUGUUCUUUUUCUUUUUGUGCAUCGUGUGCAAAAAUCGUCUGCAUCCUUCCCCGCCAUAUGUAGAGAAAAAAAAAAAAAUGAACAAAUCGAAUUCGUAUCUGUUUAUUAUCCUUACCCUCAAAAUUAGUAGUAGCAAAAUCUGUUUGUUUCUUACAUUAUCAUUGUUUGGCAUGGGAUACUCUUGUAAUACAUAAUACGCCUUUUUUUUUUUUUUU